GGGCUCCAGGCUCUUCCUCGCUCUCACGGUUCAUUUACUUAUUCACCCAUGGCGGCGGCUGCUUCUUUCACCUCAUCAGUGGCUUCUCGCUCACAUGUAAGGUCUCUGAAGGCCACCCCUAAAGUUCUAGCUUCGAGCCUGGGCUUCUCUUCGUCUAUCGACGUAUCAUCGAGAAUGGCGAGGCAUCUCCUCUCUGGGGUUUGCGAUGUUGCGGCUGCAACUGGGGGGCGCGGUGGAGGCGCCGUCCUUGGUGCCCGAAUGGUCGCGGCCCCGACUAUCAGCAACCCUGCUCCCUCUCUGGACUUCGAUACCUCGGUUUUCAAGAAAGAGAAGGUUAACCUCGCUGGCCAUGAAGAGUUCAUUGUUAGAGGCGGCAGGGAUCUGUUCGGGUUAUUGCCGGAGGCGUUCAAGGGAAUUAAACAGAUCGGUGUCGUAGGUUGGGGUUCGCAGGGUCCGGCUCAAGCGCAAAAUUUGAGAGAUUCACUUGCCAUUGCACAGUCAGAUAUAAUUGUCAAGAUUGGUUUGAGGAAAGGUUCUCGCUCUUUUGAAGAAGCCCGAGCUGCUGGAUUUAAUGAAGAAAAUGGAACUUUGGGUGAUAUCUGGGAAACAAUUUCAAGCAGUGACCUUGUCUUGCUAUUGAUUUCAGAUGCUGCACAGGCAGACAAUCAUGAAAAGAUUUUCUCUCACAUGAAACCAAACAGCAUUCUGGGGUUAUCACAUGGUUUUCUUCUCGGGCAUUUACAGUCAUCAGGCCUCGAUUUCCCUAAGAACAUUAGUGUGAUUGCUGUAUGUCCCAAAGGAAUGGGUCCUUCGGUGAGGAGGCUUUACGUUCAAGGAAAGGAGAUAAAUGGCGCAGGCAUCAACUCAAGUUUUGCAGUUCACCAGGAUGUUGAUGGAAGGGCCACAGAUGUUGCUCUAGGGUGGUCUGUUGCUUUGGGAUCACCAUUUACAUUUGCAACUACCUUGGAGCAGGAAUAUAAGAGUGACAUUUUUGGGGAACGGGGUAUCCUACUUGGAGCUGUACAUGGAAUUGUGGAGGCGCUGUUCAGACGCUAUACUGAAAAAGGUAUGAAUGAGGAAUUGGCUUACAAGAAUACCGUUGAGUGCAUAACUGGAAUUAUAUCUAAGACCAUCUCAACUAAGGGGAUGCUCUCUGUAUAUAAUUCAUUAAGUGAAGAAGGGAAAAAGGAGUUCAAUGCAGCGUAUAGUGCAUCAUAUUAUCCUUGUAUGGACAUAUUGUACGAGUGCUACGAAGACGUUGCAUCUGGAAGUGAGAUUCGUAGUGUUGUUUUGGCUGGUCGACGCUUUUAUGAAAAAGAGGGCCUUCCUGCUUUCCCAAUGGGAAAUAUUGAUCAAACUCGAAUGUGGAAAGUUGGAGAGAGAGUGCGGGCCACCCGGCCCGAGGGUGACCUCGGCCCACUGUACCCCUUCACAGCUGGUGUCUAUGUGGCUUUAAUGAUGGCUCAGAUUGAGGUCCUGAGGAAGAAGGGACAUUCUUAUUCAGAGAUCAUCAAUGAAAGCGUUAUUGAAUCAGUGGAUUCUCUGAAUCCUUUCAUGCAUGCUCGCGGUGUGGCAUUCAUGGUUGACAAUUGUUCAACAACUGCUCGUCUGGGAUCAAGAAAAUGGGCACCUCGCUUCGACUAUAUCCUUACCCAGCAGGCUUUGGUUGCCGUCGAUAAGGGCGCUGAAAUUAACCAGGAUCUCCUAAGCAACUUUCUGUCAGACCCAGUUCAUGGGGCAAUAGAGGUUUGUGCUCAUCUGAGGCCUACUGUGGACAUAUCUGUGCCUCCUAAUGCUGACUUUGUCCGCCCCGAGCUGCGUCAGGCCAGCAAUUGAGGUUUCGUUUGGGACCGUUUUUUUCUGCUUCUUAAAACAACUUUUUAGUAUAAAAAUUUUAAAUUUUGGAUUAGAAAGCUGCUUUAAGAAGUAAAAAGAAAGCCGUCCCAAAGUCAUAGUUGCCUUGCUUUUGUGAAAGCUGGACUCUAGGAAUAAACUGUUGCUUUGAGAUUUGUGUUUUCUUAGAAGAGUAUGAUCUCCUGGUCUAUUAUAUAUAUAAGCAAUGAUAUGGUAAUGAAUGGGAACCCUUCUAUUGAUGUUGAAGCCUACGAAUUAAAUGCCUUGGGAUGUGAACUAUUAGUCUUUUAGGGUAAUGUUAACUAUGUUAGGCAUAAA